AUGUCAAUACAAUCUCAAUUCGAUUAUCUAUUAACCAGAAUCGAAAGAUUGAAUCCGAAAGCUGUUGUCAGUGGUGGCACUAGCGGUAGCGGUACUGUUGGUACCAGUGCAACCAUAGCCACAACCGGUAGUGAUAACAACAGUUUCUUUAGUAGUAAUAAUAUUAUUUUUUCACAAUUAAAGAGUACUUCAAAUAUUAAUAACAAUAAUAGUAAUAGCAAUAAUAAUAAAUCAAAUAAAAAUAAUAGUAAUAAUAAUGUAAAUAAUAAUAAAUAUGAUAAUAAUCAUCAUAAUCAUUUAUCUGACUUUGAAUUAGAUGAAUCUAUUAUUUCUAUUAUAAAUGAUACUAUUCAAUUAUAUCAUAGUCAGCAACAACAACAACAGCAGCAACAACAACCAAAUACACAACAACAACAACAACUUUUGAAAGACUACUACAUAAGAAUCAUAUUGAAACUAUGUCAAUACGUCAAUAAUAAUAACAAUGACAGUAUUGCAUUGAAGUACUUUCAAAUGACUAUUCUGUUGGCACAGAACAACCAACUUUCAUUGCAGGAAUACAGCAAUGAAUUAGCACCACUGUUACAAAUGUUUCAGAAAUACAUUCAACUAAAUACACCAAACACUAAUACCAAUACCAAUACAAGUCAUAAUAACAACAACAAUAGCAAUAAUAAUAUUGGUAGUGGUAAGCAUAUGGCAUCGGGAUCAUCAUCGUCGUCGUCUUCAUCGACAUCAACAACAACUUCAACAUCUUCACACAAUCAAUUUCAAUCACAUCAAUAUACAACUGUUAGAAUAGAAGCAUUGAAAGCACUGUCUAUUCUGCUCUACAACAAUGGUCCGUCUAUUCCAUCGAAAUUUCACCAACCUCUCUUUGAUAGUCUGCUGCUACUCGCAAAUCUGCAUCCUACCACCAACAACCCAUCGCCUCUCUCCAUUAACCAAGAAACAAAGCGAUUGGCUACCAUUUCAAUUGGUAACCUCUGUGUACAAUGUGGUUCGAAACUAUCAAAGUUCUACCCACUUCUCUUUGACAAACUUUAUUCAAAUCUCGAGAAACUUGUUGUUCAACUUUCAAAUGACCAACAUAUUAUAAAAUUCACUUGUAGUACUUUAAGAUCAUUACAACUUAUUUUAACUCAAUGUAAAGGUGUCUAUGAUAAUAAGGCAUCUUCACUGUUAAGUAUUUUGAAACGGUUGAUGUUCUUUGGAACUAGUAUCAAUCCAAAUGCUGUGCUACCAUCGCAACUUCACUCGGUCGAACCCUACAAACUGGUUCUCAAGAAGAAAAAGAAUAGAGAUAUCGGUGGCGAACUCAGUGAUGGUAUAUCGAGUUCAGACAGCGAUAUCGAUGAACGUUACUCGUUUGCAAAGCUCAUCCGACUGGUAUCACCAUUCCUCAGCAACGCUGCCACCGACGUCCAACUGGCUAGUUUGUCGUCGAUCAUCGCAAUACUCUCGGCGGAACCACCAACACCCGAUGAACUACAAGAGUUCCUCGCGAGCAACGACAUUGUCGAACGUAUCAUACAGUUUGCUUCUAACCCAGCCAAUACCGAUCACAUGAGAAUCGAAGCCACUCAAUGCAUUCUCGCAUUGACCAAACACAACUUUCAGAUGUUUUGUAAGCAUCAUGAGAGUAUCUAUACAACACUGUUCGGUCUAUUGACUACACCGACAUUGGACUCAACUCUUCGUAUUCAAAGUUCAAAAACUAUCGAAGAGAUUUCAAAAUCAAUUCAUGAAUCUCAAAAAUCAAAUAUUACCUAUGAACCAAAUGUUGAAAAAAGACUAUGGGAUCUAUUCUUUAAAUCUUUAACUGGAUUAAUUGAAGAUCCACUACCACAAAUUAGAUCAUCCAUUUGUAAUUGUCUUUCACAUUUAACCUCAAAUGUAUUUGCUAAUCUACCAAUUCAAUUACAACUUCACUCUGUAACUGUUAUUCUUGGAUUAAUGUCAGAUGAUUCUUAUUUGGUACGUGCCAGUUCCUGUAGAACCAUUGGUAUGUUUGUUAAACUUGAGACUCUGGCUGAUGACACUACCUUCCUCUCAAAGGCAGCGAGUUGUCUGUACAAAUCGAUGUGUGACAACAACAUCAAUAUUCGUAUAAAGGCAUGUUGGUCACUUGCAAACCUAUGUGACCAUCUCGUUUCCAUCAGAAAAGAUGAGGUGUUCAAUGACAUUCCAACUCUGAUUCUCUCCAAGGUUGUAGAGGUUCUAUUGCUGGCAUCCUAUGAUAAUCCAAAGGUGAGAAGCAAUGCUGUCCGUGCUCUCGGUAACUUUGCUCGAUUUGCACCACGUGAACUCCUCUACAAUUCGACACCGGUCGACAUUCAAGACAUAUUCGAAACGAUACAACAGAAUCAACAGUUACAAAAUACCAAUGGUGAUCUUUCAAAGAUCAACUCGGUAACUACUCCCCCCAACACUCCAGGCGGUAGCACCAGCAAUAGUAAUGAGCAAAACAGCUUGACUUACAAUCACAAGAAUAUGAUGGAUCACUACAUUAAGAAUCACCAUAAAUCUCUUAUAGACAGAAUCAUAGAUUCUUUGGUGAUUAACGCUGCCGAACCUUCGACCUCGUUCAACUUUGUCAAGGUGAAAUGGAAUGCUUGCUAUGCUCUUGGCAAUCUGUUUUACAACAGUGAUAUCCAAUUCGACCCAACACCAAAGUGGCUACAUCAAAUCUACGAGACACUCGUCAUUCUCGUACAGAACUGUAAAAACUACAAGAUCAAGAUCAAUGCCUCUGCUUCUUUGGCCACACCAACACAUAAUCGUCUUCAAUAUGGUGAAGACUACCAAUCGAUCUUGGAAACCAUCAUCAAUUCACUCUCCAAUGUAAAUACACUUGUUGACCAUUCUGAAUAUCAAUAUAAAGAUAUACUUGAAAGACAACUUGGAGUAUCAUUAAUUCAUUUAUUAGGUGAAAUGACCUAUGAUGAGAUCGAAACCUAUCAAACAUUGCUGCUGAAUCACAGUGAAAUUAUUUAUGAAACCUUUGAAAAGUUGAAUCCAACCGAUCAGAUAGGAAAGAAACAAGACAGACCUACAGCAAUGGAGUACAAUCAGGGUAUGGCUACUAUUAAUUUGAUUUUAAAUUCAUAUAUGUCAGGACUAUCAUCAUUUAACAACCACUUUUGUCUUUAA